CCAAAACAUCACACACAAUUAACCAAAGCAUACACUGUUAACCCAUCAUAUGGAAUUUAUCUCAAUUUUCGGAAAAUUCCCCCUCAACCCUAUCUAAGAGGCUAAACCACACCAUGUUACUCAACGCCAAAACCGCUAUCUCAACAUCACCAUUACUUCUAGUCCCAUAUUCUAAAUGGCAUGUUCCUAGAUACCAUGAAUGGAUGAAGAAUGAGGAAAUCCAAGAAACAACCGCUUCCGAACCCCUCACCAUAGAGGAGGAAUACAACAUGCAGCAAAGCUGGCGCCAAGACGCGGACAAAUUGACAUUCAUCACUUGCUUGCCAGUUGCCAGAUCGGAGGAUGGGGUUCUUCCGCGACAACUCACCGUGCGGGAUGACGAUGAUGAUCGGAUGCUGGGAGACAUUAACCUGUUCCUCCGUGUGGAUGAUGGAGAAGAGGGGGGCUCUGAAAAUCCAGAGAUCAUUGGAGAGGUUGAAUUGAUGAUUGCCGAGAAGGUGAAUCAUCGGAAAGGGUUUGGGAGGGCUAGUAUACUCUCGUUUUUGAGAUAUAUUAUCGACCAUGAAGCGGAGAUUUUGGAGGAGUUUGUCAAGGGGGAUUCCUUUGCGUCUGAGGCGAUGGCUAAAGCGACCAACCCGUCGCGGAAGUUUGCCUGUCUGAGUGUCAAGAUUGGACAGGCGAAUGAAGGCAGUCUGGCGCUGUUUGAGGGUCUUGGGUUUCGUAAGAUGUCGACAGAGGCCAACUGCUUUGGGGAAUUCGAACUGAGGCGGACGGAUUUGAGUGUGAAGACGCUUGAUGAGGAGCUUGAGAAGUCUGGGGUUAAGGGGUAUGUUGAACUGCCUUAUGAGCGGACAGAAUGAUGGUACAUAACAUGAUAGAUGAAGCUGUACAUAAGAUUCCACUCUCUGUCUGGCCUACAAGCUGUCAAGUACUGAAGUGAAAACACAAAAUCAAUAGAUUAU